AUGCUUAAUGAUUCGUUGAUCAUCAUGAGGAAAGAAAUAACCGGAAAUGGUUUAACCAAUGUUACAAUCGGGAAUGAAACGCUGACUUGGUUUGUUGACUCCCGGAAAUUGCAGGCUAAUGGUAUUCGAAAUGAUGUAAAAUUUACUGAAAUUUCAAUUGCUUUGGCUCUUGAAGUAUUAAAAGACGGUACUUACAGUCCAAAGUUAGAUCACCAAUAUGUUUUUGCAUUUCUUCCUCUUAGAACAUAUGGUUUGAAGUUUAUAAUCCAAGGCGAUUUUAUUCUUCCUUCUUCAAGAGAAGAAGUUGACGGUGAUAGUCCAUGGAACCAAUGGUUGUUAUCCGAGUUACCAGAUUUGUUCGUUAGUGCUGAACUGUCAUUCUGUAGCCUUCCUGGUUUCAACAACUGUCUAGGAAAGGCCGUUUCCGUCUUUUUAAGCUAUGUUCCUCUUGUAGGUGAAGUGCAUGGGUUUUUUGCUCAACUUCCCAGGAUGAUCAUAUCGAAGCUAUGUGUGUCCAAUUGUUUGCUUCUAGAAGGUGAAAACGACAAGUGGGUCCCACCGUGUCGGGUUUUAAGAAACUGGAAUGAGCAGGCUCGAACCCUUUUGCCUGAUAGUUUGAUUCACAAGCAUCUUGGUCUCGGGUACUUGAAUAAGGAAAUAGUUUUAUCUGAUACACUCGCAUGGGCUUUGGGUAUUGAGAAUUACGGGCCUAAAGUUUUGGUUAAGAUUUUAACUUGUUUAUUGCAUACAAAAGAAGGUUUAACGUCAAUGAGUCUUAACUGGCUAUCAUCUUGGCUUAACGAGUUAUACUCAAUGUCCCUUCAGAACUCGGUUGAUUUCAAAAUUAGCUCUGAUAUUAUGGAUACCCUAGCAAAGACACCCUUCAUUCCUCUUCUAGAUGGUUGUUACGGUGCAAUCAACGAGGGUAUGAUUUGGAUGAAUUUAGAUGGUGCAUGGAACAACAAUCUAGAAGCUUUUGCCAGAUUGUUUGCGAAUCUUCGAAUUGUUAACCCUGCACUUUUUGAUGGUUCAGUCACUGAGAAUUUAAUUCAAAUGCUUUCUAAAGUUGGUGUUCAACGGUUAUCUGCACAUCAAGUAGUAAUAACACAUGUUUUGCCAGCUAUUUGUGACCAAAAAAAUACAGUCGGUAAAGAUCUCAUGAUAGAGUAUUUAUCGUUUAUAAUGGUUCACCUGCAAUGUACUUGCUCAGAUUGUUGUAUAGAAAGGGAGCACAUAAUCUCUGAGGUUUACAGUAAAGCUUUUAUCUUGACAAAUCAUGGCUUCGUUAUACCUUCUGAGGUUGCAGUCCAUUUCAACAAUGAUUUUGGGAAUCAUAUUGAUAUCCGUAGGUUGAUCAGUGGCAUUGAUAUAAAAUGGUAUGAGGUUGAUAGAAGUUACUUGAAGUAUAGUUCUAUGCGUAACUGGAGGAAGUUUUUGAAGGAAGUUGGAGUCACUGACUUUGUGCAAACUGUUCGAGUUGAGAAAACUGUUUCGUCUCGGCUUUUUCUCACAAAUAUGACGAGGGAGAAAGUGAUGAUUCCACCUGGAUCAACUGUUAGUGAUUGGGACUCUCAAGAGUUGUUUGAUUUAUUAGCAAACGUGUCAUUAAGUGGUGAUCGUGAAAAGUGCAAGUAUCUGUUGAAGGUUUUUGAUAAAAUUUGGGAUGAUUAUUUUAGUGAUAAAGUUGAAGCCUUUUGCAAUAUGGAUGGAGAAGUUAAGUCUUUUAAGUCUUCACUAAUAAGUGUUCUCGAUGAGUAUAAGUGGGUGGUUUCUAGCUUGGAUGGCAGGCUUUGUUAUCCUCAAGAUUUGUUUUAUCAUUGUGAGGCGGUGUGCUCGAUUUUUGGCGAUAAUGCUUGUUAUGCCAUCCCAAAGAUUCGAAAUGCGAAACUGGUGACUAGCGUUGGUUUCAAGAGUACGGUUACCCUUCAUGAUGCUUUAUCUGUUCUUGAUAUCUGGAAAAGAUCUGCUACAUCUUUCAAAGCUAGCAUAUCACAGAUGUCCAGAUUCUACUCGUUCAUAUGGAAAGAAUUGGUUUCUUCCGAUCAGAAAAGCAUGGCAAACUUUAGCAGUGGGUCGUUUAUUUUUGUCCCAUUGUCUUCUGUUUCUUCAAGUGAAGUUGUAUCGGGUGUACUCUUAUCCCCACAGGACGUGUAUUGGCAUGAUAAUAUUAUUAAUACAGACUGUGAACAGAACAAAAUGUUAAGCAAUUUAUAUCCAAGUUUUCGUGAUUUUUUUGUUAAUGGAUGUGGAGUAAAGGAGAACCCGCCUCUUCUAGAUUACCUUUCGUUUUUACACCAUUUAUCCACUGUAAAUUCUUAG